UGAAAGCAGAAGGGGCGGGGCUGCAGUGCUCACUGUGCUCAGUCUUGGGCAGGGCGGCUAAGAUCAAAAUUAUAGUCGAACAGAUUCACAGCGAACAUAACAAUGUAUACCUCACAUAUUUGUCUUUUCUAAAGCCCAGGGAGGGGAGUUUUAAAGCAUUGGAGUGCUGCCGGACACAAAGGUUUAGGACUUGUUACAACAUGGACGACAACUGCUAUGCUAAGAUGGCGACACGAAGAGAAGACGGAAAAGAGUCAUCGCCACCAACUACCAGCAACUCAUCAACGGACAAAAAGAGGAACAUUGCAGAUAAAGACGUCCAGCGGCUGAUUGGUCAUCAAGAAGAAGAAGAACAUUCCACUCAGCCGCAAGGGAUCUCCACUUUGAAGGAGGAUAAUAUCCAUUCCCUCCAUGUUAAGGAGGAAGAGGAAGAAUUGCGGAUUACUCAGGAUGAGUGUCGUCAAGGGCCGACGGAGGCGGAUCCCACCAAGUUGCCGCUGACCGUUGUCUCUGUGAAGACUGAAGACCAUGAAGAUAAACCACAAGACCAGCAGCUGAUUGGUCAUCAAGACGAACAUUGCUCUCAGCCGCAAGAGAUCUCCACUUUAAAACAGGAGAAUCUGCAUUUCUUCCACGUUAAAAAGGAAGAGGAGGAACUCUGCAUCACUCCAGAGAGAGAAUUUCUUCCCGAGCCCGAGCAAGCUGAUCCCACCAAGUUGCCACUGACUGUUGUCUCUGUGAAGACUGAAGACCACGGAGACGAACUACAAGCAGACAACCUCUUAGCUCCACUAUCAAAUAGUGAGGCUGAAGACUCGGUUAAAGAACCUUCAAGCAGCGAUACAGACUGUGAAGGUGAUAUGAGGACUCACACUGACAACAAACACUCUAAAAGCUCGAAAAUGAAGACAGACAUCCACCAGCUGACGGGUCAUCAAAAAGAGCCGCAAGAAAUCUCCACUUCAAAGCAAGAAAAUAUCCAUUCCGUCAACUUUAAAGAGGAAGAACUCUGGGUCACUCGGGGUCAGUGUCUUCUAGGGCCCAAGGAGGCUGAUCCCACCAUGUUGCCACUGACUGUUGUCUCUGUGAAGACUGAAGACUAUGAAGACAAAACCCAAGACCAACAGCUGACUGGUCAUCUAGAAGAAUAUUGCCCUCAGGUAGAAGGGAUCUUCACUUUAAAGCAUGAGAAUCCGCAUUCCCUCCACUUUAAAAAGGAAGAGGAGGAAUUCCGGAUCACUCAGGACUCGGAGAGAAAAUGUCUUCGAGGGCCGGAAGAGGCUGAUCCCACCGAGUUGCCACUGACGGUGAAAUCUGAAGACUAUGAAGACAAACCUCAAGCUGAUAACCUCUUAGCUCCACUAUCAGAUAGUGAGGCUGAAGACUUGAUUGAAGAACCUUUAGGCGGCGAUACAGACUAUGAAGGUGAUAGGAGGACUCAGACUGACAACAAACUCUCUAAAAAGAAGAAGAAAGAACCUUUGACGUGUUCGGUUUGUGCCAAAAGCUUUACUCAAAAGAGCCUUUUGACAAGGCACAUGAAAACACACAAAGGAGAAAAACCAUUCAGUUGUUCAGUAUGCGGGUCAAAAUUCACUCUGAAGUCAAGUAUGGUGAGACACAUGAACACACACACAGGAGUAAAACCCUUUAGUUGUUCAGUGUGCAAUAAAAGAUUCUUAGAAAAGAAAAAUAUGGAAAGACACAUGCAAACGCACACAGGAGAAAAACCGUUUAGUUGCUCUGUAUGCGGGAAAAGAUUCACCCAGAAGGGAACCAUUGCAACACACAUGAGCACACAUGCGGCAGAAAAAGCCUUUAGUUGUCCAGUUUGUGGGAAAAGAUUCACGUUCAAUUCAAGUUUGGCAAGACACAUAAACACCCACAAAGGAGAAAAACCCUUUAGUUGUUCGGUUUGCGAUAAAAGAUUCCUAGAAAAGGUCGAUGUAAAAAGACACAUGAGAACACACACGGGAGAAAAGCCUUAUGGUUGCUCUGUCUGCAGUAAAAGAUUCAGUCAGAGGGGAAGUAUGCUCACACACAUGAGUUCGCACAUAGAAGGAAAACCAUUCGGUUGUUCUGUUUGCGGUCAAAGAUUUUUCUUGGAGCCCACAAUGACCAGACACAUGAAAACACACACAGGACAAAGACCAUUUAAUUGCACAGUUUGUGGUAAAAAUUACAUUUUUCAGGCACAUUUGACGGAACACAUGCAGACACACAGUAAAAAGUAAAGGUCUUCCUCUCCAGUUUGUGCUAAAAUCGUAAAAUUGCAAUGUCAGUUGUGAGAAGUCGCAUGAAAAGCAAUGAUGUGUUGUGUUUAUGAUAACUCGUUCCAUCAUGAGUUGGUGUGUAAGAAUAACACAGACAACCUUCAUUGGUUGAUGACAACAUGAAUGCUGGUGUUUUCCUCACCUUUCUUCUUUUGGAUUAGAGCUGUCAAACUCAUUUUAGCUGAGGGGCCGCAUGGAGGAAAGUG